AUGGGGCUGCGCGUGGAGGUGCGGGGCUGCGUCUGGAGGUGCUGCUCCCUAGUCUGGGCCGUGACUGAGGGUGAAGGCCAAGUCUCACGCGUUUUUGUAGCCCCCACAAGACUGUGCAGGUGGCCAGCCCUCAUUGAAUGCAGGGUUAAUUUAACUCGGGCUCUGUGUGAGUGGAUGAUUCAGGUUGCCAGAGACAGAACCCUCAGCUUAGCAUGGGAGGUAGCUCCCCUGUUGACCCUGAGUUCAUCUGAGGUUGACUUGGAAGGUGUGGGCACCAUUUGGCCCGGUUCUUACAGCUCUGAAGAGAGCAGCAGGAAUGGGGCUGAGCAGCGAACACAGCUUUCCAUCCAGAACUGUCCCUCCCACUCUGUGGCUGCCCUGCCUGUGCCCAUGCGGGGUGAGAGUCAGGCGACCUCAUGCCAACUAUAGAAAGGGGCAGGCAGGGCUCCAGGUUACGACGUCAUCACGCUGGGCGGAGACGGCACAUCCAAAUAUACUAAAGGGUUAAAGGAGAAAGGGUGACUUGACUUUUCUUGAGAUAUUUUGGGGGACGAAGUAUAGAAAAGUGGCAGAGGACACAGUCACAGCCUCCCUUAAAUGCCAGGAAAGCCUAGAAAAAUUGUCUGAAACCAAACCUCAGCCAUCACAAAGACCAACACAUGAAUCUCCAGAAAAGAAGAAAAAAAAAGUCAUACGGGGUCCACGCACAAGGGCCUUUAAAACGACCCGCUGGAGGGUCUCAGGCCUCCUCCUCCUAGACUGGCCUGAAGGCUCCACGAGGUUUUGCUGAGACUUUUGGGUCCCUGUGGCCUCAUGUAGUACCCAGCAUACAGUAAGUGCUCAAUAAAUGUUUGGCUACAAAAGAGACAAAGCUGGGGGAGUCUGAAGAAUCACUCAAUCCUGCCGGAACAGAUGCUCACACUGAAGACAGAAGAGCAGGAGCCAAGUCAGGUUUGGGAACCUGCAGAGGCUGAAAACCACCGCAGAUUACUGUAAAUCAUUUGGGAAAAAAAACAGAAAACGUCUCUUUUCUCCUUUGUGCUUUUCUCUGUUUUCAGGAUGUGCUACAGUGAACAUGUAUUGCUUUGCGGGCCCCAAAUGGAAUUAUUUUUAAAGGAAAAUGCAGAUGAUUGGGUGGCCACACUGGAGCACUGGCUGGGCAGGGGUAGAGAUUGCAGGGAAGGAGGAAGAGCUGGGUGGGAUGCCAGGCAGGAAAAGCCCAUAGACCCUGCCGAUUUGUGGUGAGCUGUGGGCAGCGGUGUUCCAUCCUAACUGCAAAAGGGAGCACCUGGGGGGAAGAGGGGAUUCUUUUAAACACCAUUCCAGUGCCCGAGCCCCCCGGACCUGUUGUCAUCUUGGGUUGGGCUUCCCCUGGGUGACUCUAGUGUGCAGCCUGGCUGAGACUCAGUGGCCCUGGGUUCUUACUGCUGACACCUACCCUCAACCUCAACCACUGCGGCCUCCUGUGCACCCUGAUCCAGUGACUCAUUUUCCACUUUCGGUCCCAACUCUAUUCCUAUUUGCAGAUUCCAAGUGCCUGGCUCCUCAGUCAACUCAGACCCAGCCAGGCCAGCCCAUGGGUCCCACAUGCCCCUUGCCAAGGUUGUCCCCACCCUGUCUGGCCUGCGGGAGUAGGGGUGUGUGCAGACACAGAGACAAAGGACCAGCUUUUAAAACAUUUUGUUGGGGCCAGGUGUGGUGACUCACACUUAAUCCCAACACUUGGGGAGGCCAAGG